AGCACGGUAACUGCAAACUUAAAGGCAGUUCGGUACUCGCACGUGGGCCUUCGUUCGUGUCGGAUGUGUGCGUGUACAAAAAAUUGUUAGUUGUAAAGUAUAUCGUUCGUUACGUACUUACGUGUCAUCAAAAGUGUUUCGCGUUAAUAUUAUCAGUUCAUUAAACGUGUCAGAUUUCGGGAAAUUCUCUCCCAUAUCGUAGUAAUGAAUCAAAAUUUUCCUAACGCGAACGGCUGUUGAACGUGUGCACUUAAUUUAUAACGUCGAUUUUUAUCAUCAACUGAUAAUUGCACUGCUGGAAGGAUACCUACGUUAUUGGUGUGAAUAUCUUCCUGGUGUUUUUCAUUGGGAUUAAAAAGCAACGUUCCAGUGCAUCAGGUGAUAGUGCUUCGAAAAAUUAAAGAUAACCAGAUCGUCAAUCGUCUAAAUGGUGUUAAGCCUGUGACGUAAUUAGCGUUGACCAAAGUAUCACAGAAGGUGUCAAAAUUGAGCAAGUCGUCCUCCCGUCCGGCGGUGAUCUCGCCAAAAUUUGGAGGAUGUUGAUGCCUGGUGCCGCUGGUCUCAGUGCCGUCGGUGCGGUUGGCGCUGUUGGGGCGCCAGGGCCGGACGAACUAGUCUCGGGCCUUGGUGCGUUAGCUGGUACUACGCCUCAACAAAAAGAUACUACUUGGACAAAACUUUUUGUCGGAGGUUUACCCUACCACACAACUGACAAAAGUCUCAGGGAACAUUUCAACGUAUAUGGUGAUAUCGAGGAAGCCGUGGUCAUUACCGAUAGGCAGACUGGAAAAAGUAGAGGCUAUGGUUUCGUGAUCAUGGGAGACAGGCCAGCAGCAGAGAGGGCGUGCAAAGACCCUAACCCUAUAAUCGACGGUCGCAAAGCAAACGUCAACCUGGCAAUUCUAGGAGCUAAGCCCAGGGGUAAUCUACAAGCGACAUUCCCGUUCGCUGCUGGCAUUCGAGCUGGAUACCCCGCAGUUCUUCCUGGCCAAUAUGGGGUGCCACCAGGUUACGUGUACCAGUCGCCUUACCUGGCGGCUGCGGCGCCAGGUGGUUUGGUACCGCUUCCGGCGACACAGUUGACCCAUGCAGCGGCGAUGGCAGCAGCGUCGCAAUUUUACGAGUACCAAAACGUCGCGGCAGCGGCCGCCACGUAUCCGGGAACAUCGUACAAUUUCGCCGAGGCGUAUCCUUAUACCAGCGCCGCCGCGGCUGGUAUGUGUUUGAAAAGUGUCCAGAGCAAGGACAGCAACGGGCUGAUACACCACCACCAGCAGCACAACGGUAGCAGCCCUGCGGUGCUGGCACGCCAACGAUUGGAGAAAGCUCUCCUGCCGCCCUUUCUGCCGUCCGUGCUACGUAGCAACGGUAGAAAAUUAUUAGAAAACCAAGCGCACCGAAAGAGAAGAAACGCAAGCGAUAGAGCGAACGGAAAUCGAACGCAGCAGCAGCAAGUUACGUGACACCGUAUACGUAUGCAACGUUACCAGGUGCAGCAGCAGGAUUACCAGCAGCAGCGGCUGCAGCUGCAACAGCGGCAGGCGCGGCCUUCCCAGGACUCCCGUAUCAAACGACGCCUCAGGAAGCAAGAUUGCAAUAGAAGUUGGACAAAUUGCUGCAAGGAAAUUCGUACCGUCAUCAAUUGUCCCACAGGCAUUAAACUCGCAACACAAAACUUGAUCCUCACCGCCGUAUAAACGUGUAGUCUUCAUCUGCCUCUACGACGAUUCAGUUCCUUCCUUAUUCGAGGAUCAGGCAUUAUUUGGUGCGGGUGUACCGCGCACGAAGGAGCCAUUGUUUCAACUACUCGGAAUCUAACUCCACGUUCUCACGAGUUAAUUUUGGGAACGACGCCCGAUGAGAGGCAGAAAACGAGGAAGCUCCGUGGAUGUGAUCUGUGUCAUUCAGGAUCGGCGGUUGGCAGUUUCUUAUUAACUUAACAUUUAAUCUUCCCCACCUUAAUCUUCCUUUCCACGUUCUCCUUUAUAGGGCCAAACUUUGGCAUUCUCGGCCAAUGUACUUCGAGAUACAAGAUGAUAUGUAAUGUUGUUAGCAUUAUGAUUAUUUAUAACUAAUGGAGCACGAUGGGUAAUAGAAGCUUUCAGUAGACGCGCGAACAUUUUAGAAACGCCGGAUCUUUGUACGCUUACGUACCGCUCGUACGUUAAGGAAAAAUCCGAGAUCGAGAUCUGCGAUGUUGACAGUUACAAGUAACUGAGAUACGAUUCGAACGACGACGAUUACUCGCUAUUAGGUAGAACUGAAAGACUGAUCCGUAUUCAGAAUUGAUAUUGUUCGAGACAUGUAUUUUUACGAGAUAGUAAGCGUUAAUUAAAUGAUGAUAAGUUUUGGGGGAUGAAACGGUUACUUCCAGUAUCGACGAAUAACUUUUGGUGUUCUUCACGAAUCGCUAUUUCAUUGCAAUUGUUUAUCUUACGAUCCUUUAGGACUGAGAGUGAUACAGAUAUCAUUUCUGAAUAUUGGUCAAAAACUAUAAACUUUUUACAUUUAAAUGAAUAAUUCAGUUUAUUUAUAUUGAACUUAAUGAAAUAUGUUUUCCACUUUAUGAAAGAGGAACAUCGCUCUUUUUAUGGCAGACAUAUGAAAAAUUUAGAAAUAAAUUUUCCACGAAACUUUAAAGUAACUCUUUAUCUAUUUAGAUACUAAAAGAGCAAUAGUUUUUCAAUACACUCUCGUUCCUUUAUUUUAAAGUACGUAGGGAAGUAUUUCUCAAUAAGUUAAGUUUGAUUUUAAAUUACGUCGAUGUUAUUAUAUUUUUAGCAACUCCCGCUUAUGUACAAACGAUACGUUGUUUUUAAUUAUUGUAGUAAACGAAGAUUAACUUAAAAUGUUAAAUUUUAUAAAUUCGACGUCAAAUGUUUGUUAAACUCUAAUUUAGUAAAAACUUUUAGUUUCGUGGAAUUAAUUUUUUCUUCGAAAGUAUUCUAUUUGAAAUUCGCUAAAAAGAAUUUUUAUCGAACAACUAUUCUGAAAUGAAAAUUCUGUCAAUAGAUUCAAAAGAUUCAUUUGAGUAAAGCAUAUCAAGGGAUUGUAAGUAAUGACGAUUGCGUUACAAUUAAACCGAUGUUGCCUUAGAAUCGCGUGUCAGCGAAAUCACCAAGUGUCUUAAGAUAAUGCCUUCUUUGCAUAAUUUAUAGAUGUUAUUUAAAUGAACAGUGAGGACCAACGGACGAACGAAUCGACAUUGCUGGUUAUCGAAUGUUGAUAAUCAUGAAAUUAAGCGAAGACGAAUACUUAAAAACGAAGACGUAAAAGCACCAAAAUUCCGUUGAUCAACAAAAACUAUUGUUUUGUACGCGAAUAAAUGUUGAUAGAAUUUUUAAAUACGAAUAAUAGGCGUAUCAUUUAAUUUUUAGCGCGACUUCAUUUGUAUACUUGCGACAAUAUAUUUAUUAACGAAUUACAGUUGUUAUAUAUUGUUACAAUUUAUUCUAAAUACGGAUCAAUUUACCUAAUUAUUAAUUCUUCAACGUUAAUGUGCGCUACUACUAAUUGUUUGUUGCUUAAGAAAAAAUUGCAAGACACAAGGAAUUCGUUCGUCCCAUUUUAAAGUAAUCAGGUGCCUUAAUUAGCACGACCGAAUAAUUUUAACGGUUAAAAACUAGUCAGUGUUUCGUUAGCGAGAAACUAUUCGCUAACGCGUGUACAGGGGUGAAAUAAAAAAUAAAAGGAGACCAAACGAGAAGAUCGAAAAUAAAAGAAGUAACUAGCACACAAGAAGGGAGACAGAGGAUCAGGCUAUGAACAAUGAGGCUGUCUAGUCCUAAACCCUUCGAGAUGAAGUUAAUUAGAUUUGUUAGAAUUUUAAGUAGAGGUAAUAUGAAAGAAGAAAUGGAGAUGGUAACCAAAAGUCCUGUAAAAAGUUAGCAAAAGAUGCUGUUAGGGAGGCUUAGUGUUAGGAAUUAAUUAUUACAUUAAUCGUUCGAUUAAGAUAAUAGGAAAAUAAAUUAAUACUAUUGAUACAUGAUAUUAUUAUUAUUUUAUUAUUAUUUUAUUAUUAUUAUUAUUAUUAUUAUAAAUUGAUAAUUAUUAUUACUAUUAAUUAUUGAUAAUAUUAUUGUCAUUAUCGAUUACUCACUAUUGUUCAUGUACUUAAUGACAAAGCGAACGAGAUACGUGAUCGUUCAAAUUUACUGCGAACGGAAAAAAUCUGUUGCGACGUGAUGAAGAAAACCUUUAGGAUUAAGCCGUGAGGAAUGCGUAUUUUCGUCACGGCUACCAUCACACUUUCGAAUAUCCUAUACUCUUAGGAUUAACGGUUGUAAUAUAUCGCCUGUUAUCAUUAAUAAUAUUAAUAUUAUACACCCUAUUAGUAAGUUAACGAAACGAAACAGAAAUAAAUAUGUAUAUCGUCUCGGAAAGAAAUAAAAAGCGAAUGCGUCUUGGUCUAAUGAUAGAUCGCGACUAUUGUUGUCUGUUGCUUUCGCAUGUCAUCUGAACUCUUUGCAAGAGACGAAACACAAACAUUGAUUACCGAAAAAUCAGAAAAAAAAGAAAUAAAAUCUUAAUUUUCAGAAGA